CCUCACUUCACCCCCAAUAGGGAUAAGAAGAGGCUUCUGUUUUGCCUUUGGGGCAUGUAGGUGUGUAUGCCAAGGCAUCUCAGAAGCAGAGAAGGGAAGAGAGAAUGCAAAGUCCUGCGUAGAGCAAAGCUAGUGAACACAGCAUCUGCUCCAGGCUUAGCAGCUGGAUUGAAAACAGAAGAUCUCCAGCCGCCUGCUGCAUUGCUGCAGGUGAGCAUGGAAAUUCAGUUGCUCUUUAUAGGAAAGGUCCGGAAUACUGGGAAAGGACUUCGCCCUCUCAGCCACUGCUAGAGAAAACUUGUGCUUAGCUGAUGCUUUUAGCAAAAAAACACAAUAUAAAGGGAGCAUAAAAGCAUUCUCGGUGGUGAUGGUUCCCUCCAAUCUGCAGGAUGAAAAAUGAAUAGAGGUAAAUGGCAUCUUUGCAAAGUCUUUAUAAUGUUGUUUUGAACCGAAAGCCUCAUUGCUGCUUCCCAAGUAGCUGCUCUUGACAACAGGAGGGGAGAAUUAAAUAUUCCCUGCUUUUAUCUUUCUCCUUCCGGAGCUGAAGUAGGCAAUCUUGGAGGAAAGUGAAAAUAAAGCAAGAAGCGGCAUCUUUGUAAUAGAUGGAAGGCUCUCCAAACUCUGUAGGGCGACAGAUUUUUAAGUGUGACUCUUAAGACCAGCUGUUCUUCAAGAUAGCAUUCUUCACUUCAAAUAAAACAGUUGCCCUCUCCAUCUCUGGAAGAAGAAGAGAAGAAGCCUAGAGAAAAGAAACAUUGAGGAGUGGAUCUUCUUUCAGUGCUCCAAAAAGGACAAAAUUAACUCCUUUGCUUCUACGGCUGGAGAAGAAACCAGGAGACUGACAGCAACAUGGAAGACGAGACAGGGGACAGUUUCUAUCCUGUCAACAGCAGCCUACUCUCCCCUAAGAAUGAAAGCCACAAUCAGAUGUUUAGAGGGAACUAUACCUUCUCCUCCUAUUACCAACACUCUUCUCCUGUGGCUGCCAUGUUCAUCGUUGCCUACACCCUCAUCUUCUUCAUGUGCAUGGUUGGCAACCUGCUGGUGUGCUUCAUUGUGCUGAAGAACCGCCAGAUGCGAACUGUCACCAAUAUAUUUAUCCUUAAUCUGGCCAUCAGUGAUAUCUUGGUGGGGAUCUUCUGCAUGCCAACAACCCUAGUGGACAACCUAAUUACAGGCUGGCCAUUUGACAUUGCCAUGUGCAAGAUGAGUGGGCUCGUCCAAGGGAUGUCUGUCUCAGCUUCCGUUUUCACCCUGGUAGCCAUAGCAGUGGAAAGAUUUCGUUGCAUUGUGUACCCAUUCAGGCAGAGGUUAACCCUAAAGAAGGCACUAAUCACCAUUGUAAUCAUCUGGGUCUUAGCCCUGAUAAUUAUGUGCCCCUCAGCAGUCACCUUGACCGUCACCAGGGUUGACUACCACUUCAUGGUAGAUGCCUUCAACCAUUCCUACCCACUCUACUCCUGCUGGGAAGCCUGGCCAGACCAGGAGAUGCGUAAGAUCUAUACCACUAUUCUUUUCUCUCACAUUUACCUCGCUCCUUUCACUUCCAUUGUUAUAAUGUACACUCGUGUUGCCUUCAAACUGUUCAAAUCAUCUGCACCCAUAUGCGGCUCGCAGUCAGAGGACAAUGAGGGGAGAAGGAUCUCCAAGAGGAAAAUCAGAGUGAUCAACAUGUUGAUCAUUGUGGCAUUGUUCUUCACUCUCUCGUGGUUGCCCCUAUGGACUUUAAUGCUCCUCACAGACUAUGGGAACCUAACGGAGUAUCAACUGAACCUCAUUACAGUUUAUUUUUUCCCCUUUGCUCACUGGCUGGCUUUCUUUAACAGCAGCGUUAACCCAAUCAUCUAUGGGUAUUUCAACGAGAACUUCCGGAGGGGAUUCCAAGAGGCCUUCAAAUUUAAGCUCUGCUUCAUGGAGAAGAGGGAUAAAGACACCUAUUCAGACAGGAACAACAGUGGAUUGCUUUUUGGGCCACGUAAUCGGAUUUUUGUUGAAGUCCAAGGCAGUGACUUGGCACAGCCCUCUGAAUCCGGCCAAAGCAGUCUUUUGCAAGCAGGAUUAUUCCCAAAAAGAAAUGGACGGGCAGCUCACCAUGGGCUGAUGGUUGAGCAUUUUGACAGUAAAGGUUGCUCUCCUAAAACUGUUAGUGUCUCAGCUUGGGAUAUGUAAGGAUAUCUGACACUCCACGGGCUGAUGCUGACUUUACUAGAUACCAUUGUGUCAUUUUUUUCAGAGCUUAUGUGAACCAAAUGCAUUGUAAGAUGGAUGGUGAAAACAAAAUAUUUUACCCUUUGUAAUCUGUGAAGGGACAUGGGAUUUCCUUAUCCCAUAUGGAGGGUUUUUCUCUUCUUCUCACCACAAGUUUUGAAACUCCAACAUGACUUUUAUAAAGUGUUUCGAUUUAUAGAUGCUUAGCCCUUCCUCAAACCAGGUCUCAGACUGGAUUGUGUGGCUCCAGGCUUUCCUUCUGUGUUAGAAGGACAAAAGACACAACAUAUAUUUUGAAGUAGGCUGUGGCUGGUCAACAAUGUAAUUUAUUGGACACUAUUGGUGUGCUACCUCAAUAAGGGGACAACAUAGGAAGGCUGAGAAAUAGAAGAAGAAAAGCAUCCAUUUUCGAAACAAUGGGACAAAUAAAAUAUACCGCAUCAAUCUAAUACUCCCGUUAACUUAUGUGACACUGUCAGGGCAGAAAUUAACAUUAUGUCAUGGUUGUUAUUUCUACAGAGAGCUUGGACAAGUUACUUUUGUGGACUACAACUCCCAGAGUCAUCUAGUCAACAUGGUGAGCAGAUAUUCCAAACUGUGAACUAGUGACAGGAAGGAAAAAUAAUGGUAAUGGCAUUUCUGUGAUCACAGAAAAUUACUUUGUGUAAAGGGCUCAACUGGGUUGUGGUUCCAGUUCUCUUCUGCUUGUACAGAGGUAAUUUGCCUGCUAAUCCUGGGCAGGUGAUCGAAAGCUUGCUACUUUUUCAUAUUUCCUCCUUUCUCUGCAGGAAGAUUGCCCCCAUAUUUCUUCUGACUUAUUUUACAACAUAUUUGGGAUACAAAUCAAAUGCUCUACUGCUGUGCCUCAUACUAGCCAGGGCCUGGGGAAUGUGUGUGUGUCUAGAUGCUGCUGUGGCCUCCAUCAUCCAUCCCUCCAUAUGGGCUAUGCAGUCUCUAUUCGUUGCACUUCAUAGCAUCAGCCAGUGGAAGAAGAUUCAGGAAUCUAUGCACAGAAGAGAGGAGAGGGAGG